AUGGCCGACGCAGAUAAUGCUACUCGCGCCCCUGAGAGCGACGCCCAGGAGACCCCUGUGGCCAGCGACAAUAUCCAAGCUCCAGCUCCAGCUAGUGAAGCUCCAGUCAUCUACGUUUCGAAACCCACCGACUACCCCCAUGCGCCUUCACGACUCCUUCUCCUUCUGACCGGCGGUACGGGAAUCAAAUCUACCAACAACCAGAUCCAGGCCGAUAAGUUUGCUUCGGAGGGCUAUCUUGUCCUCAUGCCCGACCUCUUCGCUGGCGACACAGCUCCUGGGGCCACAGCUAUUACAGACGACUCCACAUCCAUUCUCGAACAGUUCAAGAUGAAGGCAGUAGAAGUUACAAAGUCAUUCCUCAUUGACAUGUGGCUCGCCCGCGUCACAGAUGAGAGGGUAAUGCCCAUCCUGCACAGAGUCAUUGAUGCUGCGCGAGAGCAGUACGCGGAUGCGAUCAAACAGGGCGACGGCAUCUAUGCCGCUGGAUACUGUGUCGGUGCACGAUUUGUUCUUCUGCUUGCUAAACAAACGAAGACCGCUGAAGGAGAUGCAGAGAGCGGCGGUGUCAAGAACGGUCCUUUUAUUAAGGCCGGUGCUUUGGCACAUGCUGCUUCUGUUAUACCCGAUGAUUUCAAGGACGUCAGUGUUCCUCUCAGCUUGGUUUGUGUCGAAAACGACCCUCUCUUUCCCGACAGCGUUCGGAUAGGGGGAGAAGAUACUUUGUCUGACGCCAACGUCGAGCAUGAGGUUCAGGUUUAUCCAGGAGUUCCGCAUGGAUUCGCGGUUGUAGGCGAGUACCAAGAUUCAUCAAUCAAGGAUGCUCAGGCCACAGCCUAUGACCAGAUGCUCAACUGGCUCAAGGCUCAUUGA